AUGGACGACUUCACAAACUUCAAGCAAAUCGGCAAGGGCAAGGACAGCAUCGUGUAUGCGGCGACGUGCGCCAAGCUGGGCGGCGGCGGCGUGGUGCUCAAGGUGUAUGACAAGGCACGCAUCAGUGCCAUCAAGCAUCGCUCAGUGCGACGCGAGGCACGCAUCAUGCGGUUCCUGACAGAUGCAAAGGUGCCGUACUGCUGCUACUACAUAGGGGCGUUCCAGGACAGCAAGCAAAUCUACAUCGUGAUGGAGCACUGCACAGGGGGUGACCUGCUGGAGCAGCUGCUCAAGGAGGGGCGCGCCAUGACCGAGAAGAGGGUCGUGCGCGAGGUGGUGGUGCCCAUCUUGACGUCCCUGGCGCACCUGCACGCGGCUGGGAUCAUCCACCGCGACAUCAAGCUCGAGAACCUGUUCGUGUCGCCGACGCGGGGCAUCAUGCUGGGCGACUUUGGGCUGGCUCUGUGCGUGCACGAGGAGAAGCCCAUCUCACCAGUCGGGACGCUGGAGUACAUGCCGCCCGAGAUCCUGAAGCUUCCCUCCACAGAUCUGAUCCUCAACGGCGCCAUCAAGGCCGAGGAGGUGACCCCCAUCGAUGAAAAGGUGGACCAGUGGAGCUUUGGCGUGACCGUCUACGAGCUCGUCACUGGCCGCUCCCCGUUCGAGGGCGCGUCCAAGGACGAGGUCAGGUCCAACAUCCUGCGCAACAACAUGCGGCCGCUGCCCGGGUUCCUCACGCCGGAGUGCGUGGACUGGAUCGGCCGCGCGAUGACGGUCGAGCCUGCGGCGCGGCCGAGCGCGGUGCAGCUGCUGCGGCACAGGUGGGUGGUCAAGAAUCUGCACGCCGAGGAUGCGGCGCGCGUGAUGGACCUGCGCGUGUCAACGCCGCGCAUGCUGCCGGCCGCAACCUCUCCAGCAUCGCCGGGACCGGCGUCCGCGGGUGCAGCGGCGGCAGCGGCGGCGGCCGAGGGGCCUGGCAAGCCGCCGGCGGCUGAGCAGCAGCCUGACCCCAGUGACUCGCCGGCGUGCACGGCCGAGCCCGCGCCUGUGGCGGCGGCGGCGGCGACGCCGGGCGCUGGCCCCUCAGCGGCUGUGGCGGCUGCAGCAAGUGCAGAAGCUGGCGCGGCAGCAGUUGGUGUGGCUGCGGCCGGGCCCUUGCCUGGCAAGCUGGAAGCCAAAGAGAGCCCAUCCAGCCCUCACGGCGUUGUCGGCGGCGGUAUCCCCGCGUACGUGCCGCAGCAGCACGCCAGCAGCAGCAGCACCGGCGUCGCUGCGAGCAUCGGCGCCUGCAGCAACAGCACCGGCAGCAGCGGAAGCUCGGGCAGUGGCGUGUCCCUAGCGGACAGCGCCUUGUCACCAACAAGCGCAGCCGGAGUCACUGGCGCGUGCAUGCCGGCGCGGUCGUCGCCACGAGGUCAUGCAUCCAAGGCUGCGGCAGCCGAGGCGAGGGCGCAGGCGCGGCCGAGGGAGCCAAUUGAUGAGCAUGAAGAGGAGGCUGGCCACCAGCACCAGCAGCAGCAGCAGCAGCAGUGGCAGCAGGAGGAGCAACAGCAAGAGCAGCAGCGGAAGGUGCAGGAGCAGUGGCAGCAGCAGCAUCUGAGGGAGGAGCAGGCGCCAGUGGCAGGGGCGGCGCCCCGCGCGCAGCAGGGGCCCGACAGGCAGCGGCAGCAGGCGGUGUCGCCUGGCGGGAAGGACAAGGCCAGCAAAAAGCUCUUCAAAUGGAUGUGCAUCACCAAGGGUUUCACAGGCACCGAGUCUGUGUGA